UCUGUCAUCAAAAGGAACCGAGAUGGAAGCUCGUGCCAUACCGUCGCCAACGGAAACGGAAGCUGGACCAUCGAGCAGCGAGCAAUGCAGUUCCAGCAACUCGUUGGAGGACGCAGUGGGCAAACUACUUCAAGGUUACGACUGGACGUUGCUUCCGGUCACUUCUCGCGCAGGAGGCCGAAGGAGCGCUCACGUGAAACGUCCUAUGAACGCGUUCAUGGUGUGGGCCCAGGCCGCAAGACGCAGAUUAGCCGAUCAGUACCCUCAACUUCACAAUGCCGAAUUAUCGAAGACGCUCGGAAAAUUGUGGAGAAUUCUGAGCGACGGUGAGAAGCAACCGUUCAUAGAAGAAGCCGAGAGACUAAGAAACGCGCACAAGAAACAACACCCGCAUUACAAGUACCAACCGCGCCGACGGAAACCGAAAACCGACGAUCAAAUGGGCAUCGCGAUGCACCGGACUGCUCUAUCCUCUGGGGCGUCCCUUGAAUCUACCAACUCCUCGGAUUGCACGUAUCCGCGUUUGUACCCGCCGGAUGCCGGUAUAAAAACGUACGACAGAUCGAGCUACGACGGUAAAACCAGCUACGAUCUCUCCAGGUCCUCCUGGUCGAACGACUCGACCAAAUACCCGAUGGAUCACGCGAUGGAUAAACCGUACGACGGGGCGAGGUACGAGGCGAACAUGGCGAAAAGCUACGUGGACGCGAAGUGUUACGAGAGCGUCAAGUAUCACGACGUGUCCGCCGUGCCGAAGUAUCACGAGGCGAUUCCAAAAUACUCGGAAUUGCCGGCUAAACCUUACGAUUUGCCAAAGUACCCGGACAGCUUGAAAUACGCGGCUGACGUUACGAAUCCGACGAAAUCGUACGCGUGUCUACACAGCCAAUAUUAUACCGCGCCGUGCACGGAAGGAUACGCCGUACACGAGGAGAACGAUUAUCAAACGCAGGCGGUUUCGAGUCACUCGUUUUAUCCGUACAUUUCCGCGUCCAUGACGCAACCGCCCUACUACAUGGGACCCAGGUAAAAUCUUUUUGAUCGAAAUUCGAUAGGAGAAGGAAUGCUAAGAAUCGGAGCUUUUCUGGAAACGAAGAAUAGUUUGGUAGAGACCGUUUUUCUUUUCUCUUUCUGUGGUUAUAUUUAUUUUUCGAUAAACAAUUUGAUGAUCGAAUAAAUACAUUAACGAAUAAAUAAUCUAUGAAGUACUUUGAUCAACAAAGACAUCGUUUUAAACUACGAGCGUUUAGUAAUUUACUUGCAGUUAAUUACAUGUUAACGCGUUACGAAUGAAUCAUCAGAUCUUUUCCUUUAUAUAAUACGAUUCUCGAUAAAAAUUCAAAAAGGAAUAAAUAAAAGGCGCUAAAAACAACGCUACUUUGAA